AUGGCCACGCGACAUGACAUCUCCCCCGAUCGAAUAUCCCUCUUGAAACAAAAGCGACGUGCCAAAAAGAAGGCAAGGAAACAACGAAAGAAUGCCGAGGCUGCCACCACCACUUCUACCAAUGCAACAACAACAACAACGCCCGAUGCAGCCGCAGCCGACAAUGUAUCACUUGUCCUUGAUCAGCCUAUUGAAUUACCAUCAGCAAGCGAGUGGCAAGCACUUGGACCUGUCAUUGAGCAUUUUUCUAUACCCACCUUGACAGCAGCAACAGAGACAAAAGAUGAUACCAACACCAAUGAAGCGCUUGUCCAAAGUUUGAACAAGGACAAGAAUGAAUCCACCAAUACAAUCUCCAAAAAGAAGUUGAAGCGACUUGCUCAAUUGACUGUAAGCGAGUUGAAGCAAUUGACAGAUGUUCCUGAGGUGGUGGAGCCAUGGGAUACAACAGCAUCCGAUCCUGAUCUUUUGGUGACCCUCAAAUCAUAUCGCAAUACCGUACCUGUACCACGCCAUUGGUGGUGGAAGAGACGUGGUUAUCUACAACGCAAAGAGCGUCUUCCAUGGCAGCUUCCAGAUUACAUUGCACAAACUGGAAUAGCAGAUAAGCGAGAUGCCAUGCGUGAAAAGGAGGCCCAAGCAAGAGCAAGUGCCAAGCGACGUGCAAGACUCAAUCCCAAAUUGGGCAAGAUGGAUGUUGACUACCAAAAGUUACAUGAUGCUUUCUUUCGAUUUCCCAUCCGCGUGGAGCUGACAAGGCAUGGUGAAUUGUACUAUGAAGGAAAGGAGUGGAGCAAAACAUUCAAACCAGGAGAAUUAUCCGACACAUUGCGUGAUGCUCUUCAUAUGCAAUCAAACGAUCCACCGCCAUGGCUCUUUGCAAUGCAGCAUAUUGGUCCACCACCAUCCUAUGCAGGCUUAAAGGUUCCAGGAGUGAAUGCUCCCAUUCCCCAUGACUGUGAGUUGGGAUAUCAGCGUGGUGGUUGGGGUGCACCGCCUCAGGUUGGAGAAAAAGAUAUCGACAAGGACGACAAACAAGAAGAUGUGGAUAAGUCUCUUUGGGGUGAACUUGAACCUGAGUUGGAAUACAAGGAUAUGGAUGAAGAAGAAGCGGUUUCUGAGGAAGAGCAUGAAGAAGCAAUCAACGAGGAGGAGAUCCCCAUCACUGAAAUGGAUAUGUCAGGUGACAUCGAGCUACGCAAAAGACCACCGAUUGAAGAAAAAGAAGAGCCCAACGAGACCAAGCAUCUAUACCAUGUCUUGUCACAAAGUUCACGUGGCACAAUGCAAGGCUUCAUGGGGUCACAGUACACUUACAACUUGGCGCCAAAGAAAGGACGGCAUGAGCAUGAUGUGGAUAUAUCUAUGGAGGAUCCUAGUGAAUUGGAAAAUCUCUCGUCACUGCAAUCCAAAUAUGAGCAAGGGCAAAUGGAAGAAGAAGAGAAGGAAAAGAGGCAUUAUCCACAACCCGAAGAUCUUUCUGAUAUGUACAUGGAACACAUCAAUCGACAAGCAAAAAGGAUGAAGCAGCUUGAGAAGCGCAAAGAAUCACGGAAAAAAGAGUUUAGAUUUUAG